AGUUUGCAGAGAGGAAGAAGCUCGAGAAAAUUUUCCUCUUUUUCGCUCAGAGAAUCCAACGCCAAAACCGGUUACGAUCGCUGACCAGGUGGUUUCGGAUUCAUCUUUGAAGGAGAAGAAUGGCGCAGAACUCAGAGAAGAGGUUCCAUUCGAUCAUGGAUAAGCUCUUUCAUGCCCCUAAAUCCACUCCAACCUCCUCCAGAGGCAAGAAGCGCCCAAAUCCUUCCUCAUCUGCUUUGGCGCUAGUGGAACCAAGAACUCGAGUCGAUGUGUUUGAGGGGUCGCAUCAUUCUUCAGCAUCAGCGGGAUCAUAUCAAGCUCCUAUGUGCAGGCCAUGGGACAGGGGAGACCUCAUGAGGAGGCUGGCUACAUUCAAGUCCAUGACAUGGUUUGCUAAGCCCAAGGUGGUAAGCGCUGUAAAUUGUGCUAGGAGAGGUUGGGUCAAUGUGGAUAUGGAUAUCAUAGCCUGUGAAUCAUGUGGAGCACGUCUCUUUUUUUCUACUCCACCAUCUUGGUCACAAGAGCAAGUUGAGAAAGCAGCCUUGGUUUUUAGCUUGAAGCUGGAUAAUGGACAUAAAUUACUCUGUCCUUGGAUUGACAAUGCCUGUGAUGAAAGACUGGCAGAAUUUCCUCCCAUAACACCUGAAGAUUUAGUUGAUAAAUUUAAAGAACGAUCUUGUGCCCUCAUCCAACUUUUAGCACUUCCUGUGAUUUCUUCAUCAGCCUUUGAAUACAUGAGAAGCCCACAGCUGGAAGAAUUUCUUAGACAACCUUUAAUGCUGGAAUACAACAAUGGGAACACUGAAUCUUUUCAAUCAGAAGCUAAUGGCAAUGGUCCUCCUGGAGUGGAUCCUACUAAUUUGUAUUAUCAGGCACAAAAGCUCAUAAGUCUAUGUGGGUGGGAACCCCGUUCACUACCUUAUGUAGUUGACUGUAAGGAUGAAGCAAAUCAGUUUGUCAAAGAUGCCGAUAUUUUAAAAUCAUCUCAAGGAGUUUAUCAGGGACAGAAUCCUAGUCCUUGCUUCAACUCAGCUGGUUCAAAUGAAACUGUGGAGGAAAAUGUAAACUCUGAUGCUUGCAGACUACAAAAUGAUCCUAACUCUGUAGUUUUAGAUUGCCGGCUUUGUGGAGCCAGUGUUGGAUUAUGGGCUUUCAAGACAGUUCCAUGGCCUGUAGAGUUGUUCAGACUGGCUGGAUAUGUAGAAAUCAACCCCAGAAAUGGUGGUCCAGGCCAUGAGCAUGAUGUUGACAAUGGAAGCAUUGUAAAGACUGGAUCAAAUAUUGGAUCAUCGUCCAAAGAGCAAUUCUCAAAAUUAAAAUUGACUAUAGCAGGGGGUCCACCACCAACAAAACAGAACUUUAAAGCAAUGAUUGCUUUCCCUGUUAUUGGCCGGAAUUUGAGGGCCAGGUUUUCUCUUGAUUCUGAGUUUAGAGAUUGGAUAAAUAGUUGUGGAGAAGAAACUCCAUCAGAACCCAAAAGUAAUAGUUUCUUAGGAGGAAAAGAUUCCUGUACCAAUGGGCAAGCUGUUCCAUCAGAAGACUCUGGGACUUUAGAGAGAAGCAGAGAUGAUGAGGGGCUCUAUGACUCUAGAAGUGAUGAUCAACCUGCUUGUUUGGAUCAGGCUGUUAGUGAAAGAUGUGAUACCCUUGGAAAUCACCAGGACAUGACAUCAGAAGGAAUGGGUAUCAUUGCUUCUCCUGAUUACAGUAACUGUAAUUCUAUAAUGGAAGAUCGAACAGAAAACAUUCAGAUUGUAGCACAAGUUACAGAUAAAAAUGAUAGCUUGCCUGGAAAUGCAGAUGACGAACAGACUACACAAAUGGAUAAAGCAUGUGGUGAGGAAGUUUCUCUAGCUAAACAUCCAGAUUCUUCAUCUGUUGCCUCUUACGUGGAAAACAAUGCAAAUGCUGAUGUUACCCAGAACUUGGACACCAGAAAAGAGACUAGUGGCUAUACUCUGCAAAAAGAUAAUAACCAGGAAGGUAACAUUGUUGGCGAUCAGUCUGCUGAAAAUAACAGUGUCAUGGCAUAUAGUGCUGAAAAGGAUUUAAGGCAACCAUCCUUGGAUAAAAAUAUGGAGUUUGAUCCAAUCAGGCAGCAUAGACAUUUUUGCCCCUGGAUUGUUUCAAUAGGUAGCAGGGCACCUGGAUGGAAACAAACACUGUCUGCUUUGUUACGUCAAAAAGAUGUUUCUCAUUCUUCACCUACAUCUUCUCCUUCAUCAUCUUCGUUGAUAAAGGUGGACGAUCCCAUUGAAUCAGUCAGGAAGCUGUUUACAUCUCCUGUGGCAAAAAAAUUGAAGGUCAUUCGUCAAUCAAAUUAAAUUGCAUUUUCGUUGCCAACCAAUUUUGUUGUCGGUGUCAGACAGGAUACUGCUGCCAAAUUUUCAUAUACAUGGUAGGAUGCAAAUGUCCCAAGAGAUUGUGUGCUUAUGUUGCCUCCCAUUUGGAGCAUACCAGACAUUUAUCCGAUGUUAGACCAUGUGCAAUGGUUUGUGCUUAUUAUUUCCAUUACAGCCAAAAAACUGCUCCAAAUUGUCAAAAUUUUCAGCAACUGAGGUUCUGAAACUUGUAAUAUGAGGUUUCUUAAAAAUAGAAACAGAUUGUAUUUUUGUUGUAUGAAAUAGGUCACUCUUCCCUUCAUAAAUCAAAGACUAUGAAAAUUCAACAAGAAGGGUGUUUUGGUUCUAUUUGCUAAAACAGCUCUUUUAGCCAAAGAACCUCGGAGUAAGGUCAGUUGAAGGCUUGAAGCCCCUCUUUUUGCUACAACAGCUCUUUCUAUCGCCCACCACUAGCUUGGCCACCCUCAUCACAUAAUGUCUUCACUCUUGCCUGAUUCUCUCUACAACAACCUCCAUUCCUUCCAAGACUUCUCCAACCACCUUUGCUGAGGCAUCCAGUUCCGGCGAGUCCUUGAUGUCAAUUGCAAGCUCUCUACCAUUUGAUUCUGUUCCCACCAUGCCUUAGUAUGUGCCUGUUGAGAAAGUUAUUAUGAGGGAAAAUGUCUUCUCAAGCCCAGACCCUCUUUCGCCAGUUCAAACUCAAGAACAUCAAACUGAAUAAUGGAUUUCCAAGAAAAAAAGAGUCAAACU